GGUGUUAUUCCUACGUCUGACUGUGCUGGGUCUGUUCUCGCCGUUGGCGAAGCCGUAAGCCGCGUUAGAUUGGGAUCUCGCGUAGCUGCAACAUUCCACAGGAAGUGGCUAAAAGGUGAACUCACCUCGAUUGCCGAAGCAUCUCAAAUUGGUGCGCAUUCGGACGGCGUGUUGCGUCAAUACGUCGUGUUUUCGGAAGAGGAACUUGUCAUUGUUCCCUCACAUCUGAACUUCAUUGAAGCAAGCACACUCCCUUGUGCCGCUGUCACAGCCUGGAAUUCACUGUUCUGUGGUCGUAGAAGUGUGAAGCCUGGAGACGUUGUUCUGACGCAAGGCAGUGGAGGGGUGAGCUUAUUUGCAAUUCAAUUUGCGAAAGCUGCUGGUGCGACAGUAAUUGCCACUACAGGCGAACUACACAGCGAGCGUGAAAAUCUUCUGAGGCAGGUCGGAGCAAACAUUGUGCUCAGCUAUCGAGACUCAGAUUGGGGAGAACAAGCUAAAGCGGCAACAGACGGACGUGGGGUCGACUUCUUGCUGGAAAUGUCCGGCGCAGCAGCUCAGAGCGCGGCGGCCCUAAGAGUUGGCGGUGACAUUAUUGUCAUAGGAGGCUCGGAGGGUUCCGGGGGGUCGAUAUUUGAUAUGCGAUUUGUCCUUGGCGAGGUUCGACGCGCCGCAGUGGGGAGUCGUGAGCACUUUGAGUGCAUGAAUCGUGCUAUUAGUGCUUGCCACCUCCAACCGGUGAUAGACAAGACAGAUUGGUCAUUUGAACAAGCUCGAGAAGCGCUGCAGCAUGCGAAGUCCGGAAAGAUAGUAGGCAAGGUUGUUAUA